CCCCCCCUCAGCAUCUCCCCUUCCCCCUUCCCUUCGGUCUCCUACAGCUGCAGCUCAUGUGACCAGCUGUUCCUGCCGCUAUUGGCCAGUGCAGCUGAGGUGCUGCCCAAUCAGACUUGAACACUAAUAUAAACAUCAGUAAAGCUGCACGCUUAUUCUUUGGGCUUGAAUUAUAUUCCAGCGAGGGGGAUGAGUGAGACGCUCGGUGCAUAUGGCUUAACGGAGUGGUGCUUCCAUUAAAGAACGCUUCCCCGGACCAUCUGCUGCUCGCUGUCCUCUGCACUCUGCUCACCCUCCCAAAUUACCAUCCUUCACUGUCAGCUGCUCACCUCCUAAGGGAUGUGAUUACUUGAGCAAAAAGGGAAAAGGCAUGGAUGUGACAAUGGCAUGUGCUGCAGGUCUUGAAAGACCGGGUCAUGUGAGCUCAGAGUACCUGGCCUAAUCCCAAGACCGGUUUAGGAGUUACCUGCAGAGCCUGAGCUACACAGAGAUCCUGAAGUUCCACUCGAAAAGAGGAUGAACCAGGAAGACUUCCAGUCUCGUCCCAUCCUGGAGCUGCGGGAGAAGAUCCAGCCUGAGAUUGUGGAGCUGAUCAAACAGCAGAGGCUGAACCGCCUGUAUGAAGGAACGUGCUUCCGCAAGAUCAGCACCAGGAGGAGGCAAGAUAAGUUCUGGUACUGUCGUCUGUCACCAAAUCACAAGGUCCUGCAUUACGGGGAUCUGGAAGAGAACCCCCGGGGGGAGGUGCCCCAUGAUUCCCUGCAGGAGAAGUUAGCAGUGGCUGAUAUCAAAGCGGUUGUGACUGGAAAGGACUGCCCUCACAUGAAGGAGAAAGGGGCCCUCAAGCAGAAUAAGGAGUUGUUGGAACUGGCCUUCUCUCUUCUGUAUGAGUCAGACGAAUAUUUGAACUUCAUUGCUCCUGACAAGCAUGAGUACUGUGUGUGGAUGGAUGGGCUCAAUGCCCUUCUCGGGAAGGAGAUGACCAGUGACCUCACCAAGUCAGACCUGGACACUUUGCUCAGCAUGGAAAUGAAGCUCCGCCUCUUGGACCUGGAGAACAUCCAGAUCCCAGAGGCUCCGCCCCCAAUUCCAAAAGAACCAAGCAGCUAUGACUUUGUUUAUGACUGCAACUGACCUCCAACCAGAGAUUUUUUUUUUUUUCCCCCGACUGGAUUAAAUAUUUAAAACAAACCAACAAAUCAACAAAACUGGAUCAAUAAUAUUUGUCUUUAUUAUACUUUCUAAACAUGACUUUUUUAAAGGUGUGAUUUGAUGUAUCAGCACUUAAACAUUUUGCCUGUGAGGCCUUGAUCACAUUGUGUCAUAUUAUAAUGUUGUGUCCUGUAUCUCUAACUGAGGUUUAGCAAGGUCAGCUCCGAUGAAGCAAAUGUUUCUACUCUAAUAAGUGAGGUGUGCAUUUGUAUUCAUGUGUUUUUAAGUCUGUGUGCCCUAGUCUAUGUGUGUGUGUAUGAGUGGGUGUGUGUGACAGAAAGAGAGACCGAGAGAAAGCGAGAGAGAGUGUGUGUGUGUGUUUUUUUCAUCAAUUUUUCAAAUCCCUCAAAUGCCUGUGUUACCUGCUGUCUGAACCACACUCAAAUUAUCUGCAUAGGAAUUUACUUGUUGAAUUAGUUUAAAAACAUACUUGGGUCUUUUUGUGAUAGAACACAAUCCUGCGGUAUACGCAGGUUUCAUCAUUCAUACAGACAUAAAAACUGCAUCUUGGAGUGGAAUAAUAAAUGUGGUUCACAACUUCUGUUUUUACUGAUUUGACGGUAUUAUAUACUCAUUCAUUGAUCUAUGUGUGUGCAUGUGUGUGUUAUAUUAAAUUCAGUCAGCACAACUCACGUACCUAGAAGCAGAUUCAAACAGGUGGCAGUUGGGGUGGUGGAGCACGGUUCUGUGUAGUAGCAAGUGAAGCAUGCAAAGCAGUGCGGCACCGGAGAAAUCAGACUGUUGGUUUAAAAAGACACUCCAAUGGUUUUGUGCACAUGUGAUUGAAUGGGUAUGAGAAAAUGUGUUGUCUGUACAUGAUUGGUUGAUUAUGGAAACGUGUUAGACUAUUGGUUGGGGCAGCAAGAGUUUCCUGACCAAACUUUCUCUGCGCUUUCUAUGUGCAUCGCUCAUAUUCCACAACCACUGCAACUUGUCAGUUAAAACCUGGCAGAAGAACACAAGCAGUGCUUCACAUGAAACAAGCAGCACAGCCUUAUGAACAGGAGCAUUACUGUUCAUGUUGCAGUACUUACUGGUGAGCAUGCCCAUGCAGCUGAUAGGUUACCCACCUUACAAUCUAUUGCUUCAGGUGGGGUGCCGCCCACUAGCUGGUAACACUUUGUCAACUCUGCUUUCUGGGUUCUGAGAAGCAAUCUUCAUUAAUCCAAAAAGCUGUUGGAAAGGUUCUGCUGUGAUGUGAUUGGUGGAUACCUUUGAGGUAAUCAAUAUAGCAGUGGUGCCUUGCAGGGGUGUAAGACUAUUGUGACAAGCUUUUGUGAGAGAUAGUAUUCAGUUUUGUUAUACCGUCAGUGAGUAACAUUGAAUGCAUUGUGGGCAUGGUAAUUGUACCAGAGAACAUACUGAUUUUGGUGAAUUGCCUCAGCAUUUCAGAAUUCAGAUAUGUAUCAAAAGCAAAUUGGGUCUACAGAACAUGAAAAAUACUUAUAAGUUUAAACCUAUAAGCAGAACAAUAAAGAAGAAAGUAGAUGGUCAUAA